UCCGCGCAAUAGGGUUCAGCUUAGUGGCCGGCCUCGGUGCCGCCUGCGACAAGUGCGUGCAUGUGUAUUGCCGAGUGCAGGGAUCUUUAGCCUAACCCCAGCGAUACCGCAGCAACCCUGCUGUACUACUUCUCCAAGGAACAUAUAGUUUCAGGCUCUCAACGAAUUGGAUUUCGCAAGGCCAUUAAUACCAGUGGAACUACUUUGUUCACUGCAAGAUCGACUGCUUUCCGGACUACUUCGUGCGUUUGUUUCAAUAGGCAAGUUCCGUGCGCUCUGCUCCAACCUCCGCGGCGCUGUACGCAGACGUGAAAAGGGCACCCUGAGCGCUAUGUCCGCCAUCUUACUUCAGCUGACUACGUAUUCCGACAGAGGCGGCCACAAAUUUACGGCGCCGCACCACCGCCGCUAGCUGAGGCACGGCGGACGCCUGCGCGUGCGGGAUUCGUGACGGAAGGGACCGGAGGACCGCGGCCCGCGUUGGCGUCAGCUGGACAGCCGGAAACCGCUCGGCUGUCAUCCGCGUCCGGCUCACAAUGGCGAAGGAGACGAGGUGGCCACAGCGGCUGGUUCCGGUGCUGGGACGACUUCCUGCUCUCCUGCUGCUGGCGACACUCGCUGUCACGGUAGUCCGAGGACAGAACGCAGGGACAUCAGACCCGUGCUGGUACGGCAACAACGGCGAGUGCCAGGCGAGCUGCUCGAUGUACUACGGCGCUGGGGGGCGCUGUCGGGGCCACCAGUGCGUGUGCACACCGUCCAACACGUUCCCAGGAUUCCCUCCGCAGCUCGGACCACAGCCUGGCUUUGGAGGCCGCAUGAGCGAGGAAAGGAGAGAAGUGCCUUGCCUGUCGGGCAACCAUAGGUGCGAGCAGUUCUGCAUGCAGCAUACGGGAUAUGGUGGAACUUGCUACGGACAAGCCUGCAAGUGCUUCGCCUUAAACAGGGCAUCCUAAAGAACCGUGUUCAAGAGCAAGCUUUGCCUCCGGGCGAUGACAACGGCAGCAUAGCCUGGAGGCCCCCAUUCAAGAGCUCCCGGACGUUAAGGCUCGUAAAAAAAAAUAAUAAAGGCGCUCCACGCUUGCA